GCAAAGCUUCUCUGCUUCAAACCAGUUUUUUAAUCAAACAUCCGCUUUCACAUUCGCGCCCUCUCUCUCUCUCUAUAUACAAAGAAUGAAAAACAAAAGAUGGAAAGUUGGAAACAUUAGAUUAGAGAGACGUAAGCAGAUUAGAGUAGUAAUUUAGAGAGAGAAACUGAGAAAAAUAAAAGCAUUUCUCUUCUCUCUCUGGAAAGCUUCCUAUUCUUAUAUUGUCUGUUGAAGAGAAGAGAGAGAAGCAACUAACGACUCAACGGCUCCUUUCUAUCUCUAGAGCUGGAAAUCCUUGGAGAAGGAAGAGAUUGUGCUGGGAAACCCUAGAAUUGGAAACCGGGAAGCUGAGGAUUUGGGGAUUUUGUGGCAUUCGAAUGUGAGAGCCUCAGAUCUGUCAUGGCCGAUCUUGCAGGGGGUGGGGAGGGUGUUUCAUCAGCUACAACGGCUUCGGAGUUGAGUGGCAGCGGGAGUGGCGUCGGCGGAGGGAAUAGCCGUUCGGCGGGGAAUGAGGUGGCGCCAGCGUCGGUGCCGACGCCACCAUUGACGGUUUCAGGAUCGUUUAAGGAAGGGAAGACGUCGAGGAGGCGGACGUCGGUGAGGCCGAGUUUGGACGCGGAUGAGUUUAUAAAUCUGUUGCACGGGUCGGAUCCGGUUAAGGUUGAGCUCAACCGGUUGGAGAAUGAAGUUAGAGACAAGGAUCGAGAACUAGGGGAGGCUCAGGCGGAGAUCAAGGCAUUGAAAUUGUCAGAACGCCUGAGAGAAAAGGCCGUUGAAGAGCUCACUGAAGAAUUGUCGAAAGUGGAAGAGAAGCUCAAACUAACUGAAUCUCUUCUAGAAAGCAAGAAUCUUGAAAUUAAGAAAAUCAAUGAUGAAAAGAAGGCAUCUAUGGCUGCUCAAUUUGCAGCAGAAGCGACCCUUCGAAGGGUUCAUGCUGCUCAAAAAGAUGAUGACAUGCCACCAAUUGAAGCCAUUCUUGCACCACUGGAGGCAGAGCUCAAGCUUGCUCGGCAGGAGAUUUCUAAGCUGCAGGAUGAUAACAAGGCAUUAGAUCGCCUUACGAAAUCCAAAGAAGCAGCUUUACUUGAAGCUGAGAGAACUGUUCAGGUUGCCUUGGCUAAGGCCUCUAUGGUUGAUGAUCUCCAAAACAAGAAUCAAGAGUUAAUGAAACAGAUUGAAAUCUGUCAGGAGGAAAAUAAGAUCUUGGACAAACUGCAUCGCCAAAAGGUUGCAGAGGUUGAAAAGCUCAGCCAAACUGUAAGGGAGCUAGAGGAAGCUGUUCUUGCUGGUGGUGCAGCAGCAAAUGCUGUGAGGGAUUACCAACGGAAAGUUCAGGAGAUGAACGAGGAGAGAAAAACCCUGGACAGGGAACUGGCCCGUGCAAAGGUCACAGCAAAUAGGGUGGCAGUUGUGGUAGCAAAUGAAUGGAAAGAUUCCAAUGACAAGGUGAUGCCUGUAAAACAAUGGCUUGAAGAUCGGAGAUUCCUGCAAGGGGAAAUGCAACAACUUCGAGAUAAACUUGCCAUUGCUGAGAGAACUGCAAAAUCUGAAGCACAGUUGAAAGAAAAAUAUCAAUUGCGCCUCAGAGUACUAGAGGAGAGCUUGAGAGCAUCCUCAAAUGCAGGUAGUCGCCCUAGUUCAGAAGGGAGAGGUUCAAGCAAUGGACCUUCACGGCGCCAAUCCUUGGGUGGAGCUGAUAAUAUCUUAAAAUUGCCCUCCAAUGGCUUUUUAUCCAAGAGAACAGCAUCCUCUCAGUUGAGGUCUUCUAUUUCUUCUGGUACCACUGCAAUAUUGAAGCAUGCCAAAGGAACUUCAAAAUCAUUUGAUGGAGGGACAAGGUCACUAGACAGGGGCAGACUUCUCUCAAAUGGAACUGGUUCAAAUUUUUCACUUAGUAAAUCUUCUGAUGGAACAACCAGAGAUAGUGAGACAGUCCGUUAUUGGAAAGGGAAUGCAGCUGAAAAGCUCAAUGAACCUAGCAAAUCUUCUGAUGGAAGAACAACCAGAGACAGUGAGACAGUCCGUGAUUGGAAAGGGAAUCCAGAUGAAAAACCCAAUGAGUUCCCAACUGUUGAUACAGAAGAUUCUGUCUCUGGAUUAUUAUAUGACAUGCUACAAAAAGAGGUCAUUUCUUUGAGGAAAGCCUGCCAUGAAAAAGAUCAAAGCCUUAAAGACAAGGAUGAUGCAAUUGAGAUGUUAGCAAAGAAGGUAGACACAUUGACCAAAGCAAUGGAGGUUGAGGCCAAGAAGAUGAGAAGGGAAGUAGCUGCCAUGGAGAAGGAGGUAGCUGCGAUGCGUAUUGAAAAAGAUCACGAUAAUAGGGCUAAGCGACUUGGUAGUUCCAAGGGUCCUGUAAAUAGUUCUCAACUGCUUCCUGGAAGAAACAUAUCACGAAGUGGGCUGAUGCGUAACAUCCAAUAACAGUGCUGAGGCUGAGCAUCACGGAGUAAUCCGCAUAGGCCUUGUUCCUCCAUUCCCCUUGUUUUUUCCUUUUUAUUUUGUUUUAUGAUUGAUUCUAAGAUUAUAUAACCAGCAUGCCGAUGAUCCUGCGAUCAGUGAGUUGGAAGAGGGAAAAAAUUGGAAAAUCGAAUGAAGUCGGCCUGCUUCUGACUUGACCGUUGUCCCUGUACUUAGAAGUAGCAAGAAAUGUUAAAGUCAGCUAACCUUUUGGCAGGUUUACGUUGAGAAACAGUGCUUGUGUGGUUUUUGUAUAUGUUAUCGGGGUUUUCUUUAUUUUCUUCUUAUAUUUGUAAUUUGCAGUUAUUAUUAUUAUUGCUUCAAGGUUGUGAAUAUUCUUGUAAUCAGAUCAAGAUCAGAGUUUUCAAGGUUGUGUUGUUA